UCAACCUUCACAUACGCUCUCUUUCUUCUUCAUCCAUGGAAGUUAGCCUCACUUCCAAUCACCGUACUCUUAGCUUAACCUCACGUUCUCCAUCUGCUUUCUCUCUUUCCGAUCUCCGAUCCAUCCGUGCACAAUUCCUUGGCCGUUCACAUAGUCUCAGGCCUCCCGGAUGUGUUCGCUCUAGACAUAAUAAAUGCAAGAAGUUACGGCUUCUUCAACCCCAUUCUCCUCGUUUUCUCUUCAAAGCAUCUUUAAGUUCUUACUCCGUUGUCGUCGGCGUCACCUUAGUUACUUUAUCUGCCGUUUAUCUGUUUUACUAUAAUCACAUUAAGAGAAAGAAGAAACCCAAAGAGAUACUGGGACACCCAACAUUUGCGUUAUCACAGCAAGGAAGUAAUAUUGGGAACCAGGCCAUCGAAAGUCAGAUUCUUUGCUUCCAGGAAUUUCAAGGGGAGAACUUGCUAAAGGAAAUUGGGAUAUUGGAGCAUAAAUCUGACAAAGAAAACCAUGAUUUCGACGGCAAAGAGGCCCAACUAACAUAUUGGACAUCCCCUAUGGUGCAAGAAGAGGCUGUUGUGACUGAGAAAUUUGAGUCACCUUCUGAGGCUACUGUGACUGAGAAAUUGGAGUCACCUUCUGAUGUCCUAUCCUCUAGCGUCAACAUUGCUUCAUCUUCGGACAGUUCCAAGGUUGUAGAUGAAUCUCAUUUGUCCAUGGAAUUCCAGUCAAGUUCUUUUGAGCCUCUAUCUUUUGCUGCUGAAAUGACUGAAAUACAAGUGGACGAAACAAGAGAUAAAGCUCUCUCUGAUUCUGAGUUGCCUAUAAUUAUAAAUAAAUCCGAGCAUACUGCUUCUUUUGAUCCUGUAAACAAUGAAUUCACAAUAGCAAAAGAUCGUGCUAAAGAAAAAAUUGAACUUGGUGCCAUCACCAGUGAUGUCUUAAUUGGCGAAUCCACUAGGCAAGAACUGUACAUGUUUUAUGAGGUCAACAUGUCUUCAACAGGAUCCAUGUCACCACUGAAUGGUUUAAAAUCACCACCUGCUCAUGCUUCUUUCAUGAAGAAAAAAGAAUUGCAAUCCACAAUUGGGAAUAAUGCUUUAAAAAGACCAGAAUCCUUAACAGAGGUUUCUCUUGAAAUUUCAGAGUUAGAGAAUGUUGAAGGAGCGGGACCAAGAGCCAGUCACAAAGAAGGCUAUCCCCACCAAAAUGGAAGUUAUUCUUUUAAGAAGCGAAACAGAUCUCUGGGCAACAGGGGGAAAACCAAUAUGGAUCAGAGAAGUGACGAACUUCUUCCCCAGAAUUCUGAGUCAAUCAGGGAGCAUGUUGAUCAGAAAAAUCGUCAUUCUCAGCAUCUUAGAUCAUAUAAUUCUUUGCUAAAAGAUGGAAGGUUACAUGACUGUGUUGAAUUGCUUAAAGACAUGGAAAUGAAGGGAAUUUUAGAUAUGACUAAGGUUUAUCAUGCAAAGUUUUUUAACAUCUGCAAGAGACAAAAGGCUGUUAGAGAAGCUUUUGAGUACAUUAAGCUUGUUCCAAAUCCAAAACUGAGCACAUUUAAUAUGCUUAUGUCCGUGUGUUCAAGUGCUCAAGAUUCAGAAGGGGCUUUCCAAGUUCUGCAGCUUGUUCAGGGGGCUGGAUUCAAACCUGAUUGCAAACUUUAUACCACUUUGAUAUCAACAUAUGCUAAGAGUGGUGAAGUUGAUCAGAUGUUUGAGGUAUUUCACAAUAUGGUUAAUUCUGGAAUCGAACCUAAUGUUUAUACCUAUGGGGCGCUUAUUGAUGGUUGUGCUAGAGCUGGGCAAGUUGCUAAAGCAUUUGGUGCUUAUGGGAUAUUGAGGUCUAAGAAAUUGAAGCCAGACCGUGUUGUAUUCAAUGCCCUUAUAGCUGCAUGUGCUCAGUCAGGAGCAGUGGAUCGUGCUUUUGAUGUUUUAGCAGAAAUGGCUGCAGAAUUGCAACCUAUUGAACCAGAUCACAUAACAAUUGGUGCAUUAAUGAAGGCAUGUGCAAAUGCCGGUCAGGUUGAAAGAGCACGACAAGUGUACAAGUUGUUAGACCAAUAUGGUAUAAAGGGAACGCCAGAGGUCUACACUAUUGCUAUCAAUUCUUGCAGCCAAACUGGAGACUGGGAAUUUGUAUGUAGUGUAUACAGUGACAUGAUUGGGAAAGGGGUUUUCCCAGAUGAGAUGUUUCUGAGUGCACUAAUAGAUUUUGCUGGACAUGCUGGAAAGCUAGAUGCUGCCUUUGAAGUCCUACAAGAAGCUCGUAAGAGAGGAAUUCAUGGUGGAAAAAUGUUAUACAGCACUUUGAUGGGAGCCUGCAGCAAUGCUGGAAAUUGGGAGAGAGCAUUGGAGCUAUAUAAGGAUCUCAAGUCCCGUAAUUUGGUACAUAGUGUUUCAACAGUGAAUGCUUUGAUCACUGCACUCUGUGAUGGGGAUCAAUUUCCCAAGGCUAUGGAGGUUUUGUCUGAAAUGAAAGAAUUGGGCCUAUGCCCAAACAGCAUCACGUACUCAAUACUUAUAGUAGCAAGCGAGAAAAAGGACGAUCUAGAAGCUGCUCAAAUGCUCCUAUCUCAAGCCAAAAUGGAUGGUGUUUCCCAUAACCCUGUCAUGCGUAAAUGUAUAAUCGGGAUGUGCUUGAGGAGAUAUGAGAGGGAUUGCAAUGUUGGUGAACCUGGUUUAUCUUUUGACUCCAGACAACCACAUGUUAAUAAUAAAUGGACAUCACUGGCCUUAAUGGUGUAUCGUGAGAUGAUUAGAGAUGGUACAAUGACUACUAGUGAAAUCCUGUCACAAAUUUUUGGAUGCCUGAAACUCCCUUACGAUGCCUCUUUGAAAAAUAAUCUUAUUGAGAAUCUGGGAGUUAGUGCUGAAACUUCAAAAUGCUCAAACCUCUGUUCAUUGAUUGAUGGAUUUGGUGAAUAUGAUCCUCGUGCUUUUUCGCUACUUGAGGAGGCUGCUUCUCUUGGAAUUGUUCCAUUUGUAUCUUUUAAAGUGAAUCCUAUUGUUGCGAAUUUAAAGGAAUUGCACUAUUUUACCGCUGAGGUAUACCUCUUAACUGUUUUGAAGGGUCUCAAGCAUCGGCUUGCAGCAGGAGCUAAGUUACCCAACUUAAAUAUCUUAUUGCCUGUAGAGAAAACAAAAGCUCCAACUUCCAAGGGGGAGAAACUUAUUAGCGUUUCAGGAAGGGCUGGCCAGGCAGUUGCAGCAAUGUUGAGAAGGCUGAGAAUACCAUACCAGGGCAAUGAAUCAUUUGGAAAGAUCAGAAUUAGUGGAGUAACUUUGAGAAAAUGGCUGCAGCCAAAACUUGCAUCUCCUUUCAGUGGAAAGCCAGGUGACUUGAGCUUAUCACAGUCACGACUUGGCAAAAGUAUCAGUCUUCAACAACGAAACAUUCGAACUGGCAAUCUGUCGUUGGAUUAAGAGUACACAUGUAAAUUCCUAGAAGACAACUUGGUUGUCUGAUUUUUUUAACCUUAGAUAGACCAGGGUUCCUGCUCAGCCUUCCUAUUCAUGCCACCAGCUUAAUAAUUUGUCAACUAGAAGUUGAUAUUUCCCUUAUCCUAAUGGAAUUAUUCCACAAGUGAUGUAAACCAACGAAAGCAGACCAAACCUUCUACUAUGCUGAAGCAAGGAGUGGAGAGUGUGAAAAUGUCUCAGCAAAUUUCACUGUGAUGAGCAAGGACUUCCACCAUGGACGUCGCCGGUCCCUUGUGAUUUGCCUGCAGAUAUGGCCAAGGUCUUUGCAAUGCGGAUCAUAUAAAUUUAUGACUAUAGAGAUGCUAAUGCAUAUGAUAUUACUACCAGUUUGGCAAGAACUUCAUAUGUAGACUGUAAAGAAAACUUAGCUAUGUGAUUAUUUUAAAUGAUUUUGAUACGCAA